AUGGUUUCGUUUUCCCAGCAGACAUACGCGGCGCGUGGCGAGGCCCACUCGCACCCGGUGGCCAAGGAGCUGUUUGCCAUCAUGGAGCGCAAGCAGAGCAACCUGUCGCUGGCGGCCGACGUGAGCACCAAGUCCGAGCUGCUGGCUCUGGCAGACAAGGUCGGGCCUUACAUCUGCGUGCUGAAGACGCACAUCGACGUGAUCUCGGACUUUGACCAGGACCUGGUCGCGCAGCUGCAGGCUCUGGCUGCCAAGCACGACUUCCUGAUCUUCGAGGACCGCAAGUUCGCCGACAUCGGCAACACCGUGAAGCUGCAGUACGGCGGCGGCGUGUACCGGAUCGCCGACUGGGCCCACAUCACCAACUGCCACGUGAUUCCGGGCGAGGGCAUCAUCCAGGGCCUGGCCGAGGUGGGCGUUCCCAAGGGCCGCGGCCUGCUUCUGCUGGCCGAGAUGUCGAGCAAGGGCAUGCUGGCGACCGGUGCGUACACCGACAAGAACGUCGAGAUGGCGGUGAGGAACGAGUUUGUCAUUGGGUUCAUCGGGUCGAAGCGGUUCACUGAGGAGCGCGACCUGAUCACCAUGACGCCGGGCGUCGGCCUGCAUGCGGCCGGCGACGCGCUGGGCCAGCAGUACCGCACGCCGGAGCUCAUUGUCACCGAGAACGGGUCCGACAUCAUCAUUGUUGGCCGUGGAAUCUAUGGCGCCGGCAAGGACCCGGUUGUGGAGGCCAAGCGCUACCGCGACGCUGGCUGGGCUGCUUACCUGAACCGUCUGGGCAAGCAGUGA